GGUGACACAAAGGUACAGGCGACAAGCCAAUCACGAUGCAGAGUCCAGGUCCAGUGAAUGUGCAGUGAUUUUAAAGAGAGCAGCCGUGAGUGGAGCUCCAAACAGCUCAAUGUGGUUGUAGAAAUACACCGAGACUCAAUCUGCUCAUCUUACCACAUAUUUGAUUUAUUUCCUUUUGAAAUUAAUCCAUCAAACGUAGUUUUUUGAAAAGUUUCAAUAUGUUUUUCUCCGCGCUGCUGAUUCUUGCCGGUCUGGGUUCGUUCGGUUCCGUUUCUGGUUCUCCCGCCGUGGAGGAAGUGUACGGUGCCGUUGUGAGCGUGGUGUCUCCGGGGCAGCAGUCUCUGACGGGGGACUCGCUCCGCAGCCUCUUUAAUACACUGGAGAAACGUGUGCAGUGCGGUGGAGUGUCGUGUGAAAAGUGUGAUUUAGCGGAUGCUGUUCACCAGCUGCUCAGCAAUCACUCGGGACUAAACGUUACCGUCGGUGUAUCUGAGUUCCCUGCUGUCGCCGCAGGAAGCCUCCUGUACCUGUCGUCUCCCAGCCAGGUGUGUGCCGCGGCAAACCAGGGGACAUGGGGAGAGGAGACCCAGCAUUUCCUGCAUAAGAUCACACAUGAUGAUCCCCACCACGGACAGGAGCAUGAAGAAGACGAGACACACCAUGAAGAUGAAAACAAACACGAGCACAUAGACACUCAUGGAUUAAAACUUCUGAUUGAAGAGCUUCACGACCACUAUGAGCCCUCAGACAGUGAGAGCUGUGUGACAGUCGAUCAAAUCAUGAUGGAGGUCAACGCAUCUUCACCAGAUCCGGAACAGGAAGUCGGUGCAGUUUUGGGCCGCGUCCUGUACCACGCCUUGCUGGGUCGAUGCUUCAUCAGCCGCUCCCUGCCUGAAGAGAGCUUCUUCCUCGACUACAUCCUGGACCAUGUGGGGUCACAGAAUUUCACAGUAUGGGAUCUGGAAGCUCUCAUGAAGAGCCUGAAAAUCGGAUCUAAGGAAACACAUGAACAUGGACACGAGGACCAUGAUCAAGAACACGAUCAAGAACACGAGCAGGAACACGCUCAUGAUCAUGGUGGUUUGCGACGGAGGAAAAGGAGCAGCCAUGAGCAUCACGAGGGGCAUGAAACAAACGUCACCUCGGAUCAGCUGUGUCUCACUGCCAAAGAGCUUGUCCUGAUCUACGGCCUGGCGGACAACAGCUCCGCCUCCUCUGGCCUGGGUCGGUCCGGCUUGGCUCGGCUCAGCCCUGCCCUCGUCCAGCAGAUCCUGAGCGGAGCCUGCGCGCACACCCAUGAACCGCUGACACCAGACGGACUCACCAAGACAGAGAGAUACAUCUAUGCAACCAUUGCCAAUCUGUUGAUAACACUGACGUCCAUGUUUGGCAUCUUCUUGCUGCUCUGUACUUCCUGCACCUCUAUGUUCCAGUUGAGUAUCCAGUUCUGCAUCAGCCUGGCUGUAGGUUCACUCACUGGAGAUGCUUUUCUGCACCUUCUACCCGUGUUUCUAGGUUUGCAUAGUCACUCAGAUGAGGGUGAUUCACACGACGGCCACCAGGAAGAAACUCCAGACUACAUUUAUAAGAUGCUGGUGCUCUUGUCUGGAAUCUACUACUUCUACCUGAUGGAAACCAUCUUCUCUCUGGUCGCAUAUAAAAACAAAAAUCAUCACCACCAUCAACAUCACCAUGGGGAAGAAUCCGAGCCUCACCACUGUGACCACGGGAGGGUUUUAGAGAUGUACCAACAGGAAAUAAAUAAGAAAGAACACACAGCAUCGAAAACAGACCUGGUAGGCAAUGAAGAAAAUGAAAAAUCACACUCGGAGCACAAAGAGCGCACCAGAGAGCAGCGUCUGCUGCCUUUUAUGAUUACCAUUGGUGACGGGAUCCACAACUUUGCAGACGGCUUAGCAAUGGGUGCAGCUUUCUCCCUGUCAUGGAGGUCUGGUUUGGCCACAUCACUGGCUGUACUCUGCCAUGAGCUGCCACACGAGCUGGGGGAUUUUGCAAUUUUGCUCCACAGUGGUGUGUCGGUCCGUAAUGCGUUACUCUUGAAUGUAGGCAGCUCUUUGACCUCUUUUGUUGGCCUGUACAUCGCUCUGUCUGUAGCCACUGACCUCGCUACCCAACAGUGGAUAGCUGCCAUCACUGCAGGGCUCUUUCUGUAUGUGGGGCUCGCCGAUAUGCUCCCCACCAUGGUCCACAUCAGUAACAAGAGACCCUGGCUGAUGUUUCUGCUGCAGAAUCUGGGCCUCCUGAUUGGGUGGGGUAUUCUGCUGCUGCUGUCACUCUACGAGGAGAAAAUCAGCUUUUAAAGCAUCGACAGUCCGGACAGUUGACUGGGUUUCUACAAGCAAAAGGAAAAACCCUGGAACAGAGGGCAAGACGACACUUGUUCCCUCUGAAGGGUGAACGACCUGUCUGAUGUGCAACUUAUUCAGAAGUCUUGAAAUGUGUUUGAAAUCUGCUCAGCCACCCAAAAGCCUUGACCGCAUUAGAUGUUUUAUGUGUCUGUGUUUCAAAUGUUGUUCACUAAUACUUGGUGCAGGAAAAAAAAUGAAAAGUGCCUUCCUUGUGAUCCUUCAAAAAUAUUUAUUCUAUCAAUUAUUUGUAUUUUUUUGAGCAAUUUUCUUGAAAAAAAAACAAGAUGGCUGCUUCUGAUGUGGAAUGUUCCAAAUCCAAAAUCUCAGUAGUUGUAAGCCUUUUGUACCAAAGCUCAUUUUUUUGAGUGCAAAUGUUUGCCUCUAAAAUGUAUCAUUGUUUUAUCAUUUAUUGGAAAAAAACUUCCUAGCCUGGCCUCCUACUGCUAAAUCUCACAUUUCUGAUUGGUCCUUGCAUCCAGGGGGAUUUUGGUCUAAUGCCAUAGAUUAUACCCCUUGGGAAUAUAAAAGUAAACUUGGGUAUACUAAUACCCAUUUGCAUAAUGCUCCAUCUUUCAACACUCAAGACUUUAAGUGUUCAGUAAAAAAAAUUUACAGCUUGAUUUUUUUUGUGCUUUUUGUUGCAAGUGUCAACGAGAAAUAUACAGUCUUGUAGUUUUUAUUGAACUACAAAUCCCACCACUCCCAUUAUGAAAAAGGUAAAUGUAUAAAAUGUUUAUAUACAGUAUGUUUUGUAUUCUUCCUGAUUUGAAAAAUUAAAACUCAUUUAAAAACUA